AUGAUAAACAAGAUCAUGAUUGUUUGUUCUUGGCAAACCGCUUAGCUUCUCUGAAUUACAGCCGGUCCGUGUCCCACCACCGCAAUAGCCUUCCUCGUCCGACUACGACUACGACUCCACUCCCUCUCCUUCCUUAUAAUGCCAACACACCACCCGCCUAGCUAACACGAACGCAAAGCUACAAGCUUCUCUGGUUGAUUAGAGGCGUCCAUCGGCAUGAACCCGGCCGCCGGUAUGUUCCCAAUGUUUCCACCGCCACCGCCGCCACCUUUCCACUACGCGUUCCCGAUGCAGCCCCCGCCGUACUUCUACCAUGCACCAAUGUCGCCGGUAUGGCCGUCGUCGCCGGUCCCUGUGCUCUCCGUGUGGGCGUCCAACUUCAAGUACGAAUCGGCCAACCUCCGCCACGUCGCCAGGAACGCCCAGUACGUCGCCAUCGCCCUGCACUACCCGGGCGUUGUCCACCACCCCGACCAGGACCACAACGCCCUCACCGCCGAGCAGCGCUACGCUCUCGUGAAGGCCAACGUGGACGACCUGAAGCCGCUCCAGCUCGGCAUCGCCCUCUACGACAGCGACGGCGGGUACCUCGCCGCCUGGGAGUUCAACCUCCGCGACUUCCGCCCCCAGGCCGACCCGCACGACGAGAACUCCCUCGCGUACCUCGCCGGCCGCGGGCUCGACGUCGGCGCGCUCCGCGACCACGGCGUCAGUGCCGGCAUGCUAAGCAAGAAGCUGUUUGAAUCCGGCCUGGUCGGCGCUCGGCGUGGGCGGUCGCGGAGUUGGAUCACCUACGCUGGGGCUUAUCACGUCGCGUACCUGCUCAAAAUUGUCACCGGCGGCGCCCCGCUGCCGCGAGACGUGGCCGGGUUCAACGGCGCCGUGCGGCGUUACCUCGGCGACCAGGUCUAUGAUGUGGCCACGAUGGCGGCCGGCUGCCCGGCCAUGCCACUGGGGUUGGAGCAGAUCGCCGAUUACCUCGGCUUCCAUCCGCCGCUGGGGAGCCCUCGCCUCGCAGCUGCCGCCGGCGUGCGCGCGCUGCAGGUCUUCAUGCGGCUGAAGUACGUAGAGCUCGGCGGCGACGUGCGAAAAUACCGGGGUCUUCUUAAAGGCCUGCACUAGCUAGGUCGAUCUCACACCAACAAUGCUGAGCCGAGAAUUCGAAGCUCGUGCAAGAAGAUUGUUGCUGACCAGCUGCGUCCAUGGUAGCUCUGAUCAAGUCCUUGGAAGUCCCAAGUCUGAAGGAUUCCGUUUCAAAAAAAAAAGUCAAAAAAAAUAGUACUCCUUCCUAUCGAAGAGAGUACUAAACCAGCAACACUUAACAUGGAUCAAAGAGAGUACUACAGUUUUACAGUCCUCUUAGUAUUAUAGUAUAUAGUUUUUAAAAAGACUUCAAGCAUUAGAUUUCGGUAAUGUCCGAAAAAUUCCGUUUCAGUGAAGUUUCACAGUUUUCUCAACAACAAAAAAGUUCAGGUAACAGGUAGCAAGGAAGUACAGAGAGUUCGGCGGUGGCGUGGAGAGGUACCGACUUACAGGCAUCCCCUACGUCGAUCUGUCGAUAAUUCAAAGUUGGUGCAAGGAAGACUGAUGCCGACUUGCAUCCAUUGGUAGCUCUGAUCAAGUUCUUGAAGUCUGAAGAAUUAUUAGUACUCCACUUUUGAAAUUCAAGUAUUAGACUUUGUUUUUUUUUCAGUAUAGCUUCAUAGUAAUGUUGCCCAUGUAAUCGCAAAAAAUAUGUUAUGAAGUUAUAGUAUAAAGAUACCCAGUUCCUUUUUUUUUGAAACACUACCUAGCAAUUCUAUUGAAGAAAUAUCUUUGUAAACUCUUUUGUUAUC